CCACCACCAAACAACUUGAACUGACCUCCGGGACUGACUCUCAAAGCUCAAAGCCUAACAGCAAGUAUCCUGAUAACCAGGGUAGCUUUCUCCCAGAUCCCAAGAUGACCACCCCCGCAUCCGAACCCCCUCCGGGCGCCGUAAACAUCAACUCGCUCUCCGUCCCGCAGCUCCGCGCCCUGCAGACCCGUCUGUCCUCCGAACUCGAGCACCUGACGACAUCGCAUGCGAAGUUGCGCGCAGCGCAGCUGAAGUUCAAGGAUUGCGUGCGGUCGAUCAACGAGGGCGUGACCGGGUCGGCCAAGAAGGGCACCGAUGGGAAAGAUGAUAUCCUCGUGCCCUUGACUAGCUCCCUGUAUGUUCGGGGUAAGCUUGCGGAUCGGGAGAAGGUGCUUGUUGAUGUUGGGACGGGGUUCUUUGUCGAGAAGACUGCGCCCAAGGCUAUCGAGUUCUACAAUGAUAAGGUCAAGAGCCUAGAGACCAACCUUACUGAGCUGGAGAAGAUCGUCCAGACUAAGAGUGGUCAGCAGAGGCUCUUCGAGGAUGCUCUGAGACAAAAGCUGCUCGCUGAGGGCGCCACGGGCUCCGCCACUGCUUCCGCCGGUGCUGGGUGAGAGCUUCCUUAGCGUGCAUGUGUAGGAUAUCAUACGGUCAUCUACAUGGAAUAUACGGUUGAAAAUGAGGGACUACGUGAACCUGUUACCAUUGAAUAAACUGAUGUAAGCCUAGGCCGCGGGCUUCGACGGUCAAGCCUGAUACUGUGCGCCAGGGUUUCUUCCCUCGACAUUCGCUCGUCAUCUG